GGUUGGCUCCUUAUCUCAUCCCCCGACGACGACAACGACGGCGUUCGCAAGUCGCGGCAUGACUUCGUACGUGCGGCUGCUGCAGCAGCUGCCUGCGAGCCGCCGCCCAUACUCCUCGUUCUUCUCCGGCAAGCCUGGCGGCGGCCGCUACUUCAACUCCCACAAACCAGCCACAACCACCAAGACGGUCGUCGCGCGUGCGGCGAACCAGACACCCGCGGACCCGGCUGCCGUCGCUGCGUCCGAGGCUGCCGCGAAGGCGCCCGAGGCCCCGACGCCGCACCCGGACGCGCCGACGCACCCGCUGAUCGGGCGCAAGGACUUUGUGCUGCAGUCCUUCUUCGCGCUGCACCGGCCGCUUCUACACCUCGACGAUCCCGCGGCGGUGUUCAGGCCGGCGCAGCAGGCGGAGCCUCAGCAACAGCAGCAGCAGGAGGUUGGCCCGUCCGGGCGACCCAUGCGCGGCGAGGACCCCAUUGCCGAUGCGGAGGCGGACGCGGAUACGGCGCGCCAGCUCACAAGGGCGCUCACCAUGCACACGCUCGGCGCGCAGGCGCAUUGGCAAGCGGUCAUGGAGCGUCUCGGGCUCCCCGUGGAGGCGAAUGAGGUGGCGAUGGACAGCACGAAGCGGAAACGCAAGAAGAAGAUGAAGAAGCACAAGCUCAAGAAGCGGAGAAGGUUAACCCGGAUGGCUCGUCAUAACCAGAAGUAGUCUGGGUACCGCUGUCUUGUUGCUACUGUAUAUUCGUCUAGAAGCUGUCCGCUUCGCGCCAAUACUUAUGACCUCCAUUUUCUCUCACUUGGUCGCGCUCGUCAUCUGAGUGUGUGAUACUGCCCGGUCUACUAGGAUUCCCAACGCCAUACACGAAUACCCCCCAUCCUCUCCUCAUCAGGGCCUAUCGAACCCUGCCACCAGUGCUCUCCGCUGCUCCAGAUCUCCCUAUACCCUUUUUGAUGCAAGAGUACCC